UCGAUUCACAAAUUAUUACGAUUGCAAUCCCUAAUUUGGAAGUCCCGGUUCCUCUUUCGAUCAAAUCGGAGAAUUUCACGGCAUGGCUACGGCUGUUGGUGGCGGAAGCGAUGUGGAGGUUGGAUUUGCGAAGCUUCAAGGUGAGGAUUUCGAGUACUAUAUGCAGUCUUACUCCAUUAUACUCGGCCGGAAUUCUAAGAAAGCCACCGUCGACGUUGAUCUCUCAUCCCUCGGCGGUGGGAUGAACAUCUCGCGCAACCACGCUCGGAUCUUCUAUGACUUCACUAGACGACGCUUCUCUCUCGAGGUCCUUGGCAAAAAUGGCUGCCUCGUUGAAGGUGUUCUUCAUCUCCCUGGGAAUCCUAACGUCAAGCUCGAUUCACAAGACCUUUUGCAGAUCGGAGACAAAGAGUUCUACUUUCUCCUACCGGUUCGGAGCAUCUUAGGCGGGCCGUUGGGACCUAGGCACCACGUCUCUGGGCAAACAAGUGUUGUUCCAUACCAUAAUUAUCAGUCGGGUCCAGGUUCUGGGUCGGGUAAGAAGGGCGUCAGGAGUAGAGAGUUGUAUGAGUACGAUGAUGAAGAUGAUGAUGACGACGACGAUGAGGAGGACGAUAUGAGAGGAAGUGGAAAGAAAACAAGGAGAGAUGGACAUGAAGUAGUAUAUGCUUCCGGAGAGAAGAAGAGAGAGGGAAGAUCAAAGGUAGAUCGUGAAGCUGAUGAUCAACAAUUUUUGCAGCUGGAGGAAAAAGAUGUUGUAUCGUCUGUUGCCACUGUGCUUUCCGAUUUGUGUGGUCCGGGAGAGUGGAUGCCUAUGGAAAAACUUCAUUCGGUGAUAUUAAAGGAGUAUGGAAACGUAUGGCAUCACAGUCGAGUAAGAAGAUACCUAUCACAAGAAGACUGGGCUAUCCCUGAAGCAAAAGGUAAACCAUGGUACGGUUUGCUGAUGCUGCUGAGAAAAUACCCGGAGCAUUUCGUCAUCAACACGAGAUCAAAGGGAAGAGUUACCCUUGAAUUCGUUUCCCUCGUUACCCUACUCUCAUGAGAACUUUACCUUAGUGACUCGGAUUAAGAUUUAAGAAGCUUUUCUCUCUUUUCUUUGUUUCAUAUGUAAAAUAUUUUGGCAUUGAUUAGUAACACGCUGUGUCGUUUUUCUGCACCCAAAAACGCCAACUUCUUGGUCCUUGCAGUUGAGAGAUUUUGAUUUUCU